AUGAAAUUCGUAGAUGACAUAGUGGAGCAAUUCCAAGACAUGAGUAUUCUAAAAUGGAUUCGUCUUGUUGUCAUAGUUGGUGGCUACAUCUUAUUUAGAAAUAUCGUUGAAAAAGAAUUGCAAAAAAGAAAGAUCAAAAAUCAAAUUAAAGAGGAUGAAAAAGCCAAAGUUGAAGCUCGUGAAAAGGAAUUGAUUGAGGAUCCAUUAGCUGAAGUCAUGACAGAAAGUAUUAAUUUUGGAUGGGGUAACAGAACUAGAAAGAGGGUUGAAAAACAAAAAGAUCUGUUCGAGAAGAAAGCUGAAUUAUUAGCUCAGCAACAACAGUAUUCCCAUGAUGAAUCAGACGCUGAUAUUGAGGAUUUGUUGGUUGAUGACUGA